CUUGUUUACUUUUUUAAUAAUAUUUGCUAAUUUUGGUGUUACAAAAUUGGGAAAUGAAAAAUUUUCAUAAAUAUGCUCAUACUUAUUUUUAUCACAUAUUCUCUGCUAUUAUCACUCGGUUGCAUUCUUCUGAGUUAACUUAGCGCCUUAACUUAAUAGUUUUUUGCAAACAUGGUGGUAUACUUUCAACAAUAAUAGUCUCUAGCAUGGUGGCAACACCAUAAACGAAUGUAUUUCGUGCCGCCCAUUUGGUUCGUGCGCCAGUUGGAUAAUUUUGCCGGGUGUGUUCUUCGGUCGGUUUUGAAAUCUCCACAGUGCGAAAAGUGCAGCAAAUUUGUGAAGACUCAUACAGAAAGUUUGUUGGGGAAAAAGUUGAAAAUAUUAAAUCUAAACGGGGAACAUUGAGCAAUUUUUGAACUGUAUGUGUUAAAAGUUCGUGUGACGUUUAAUUAUUUAAAUUCAGACAAAGAUUGUUUUCACAAUUUUGAGUACUCUUGGUAGUCUGAGCUAAGAAGGAAAGAGAAUAAGGUCCAGUAGGCGUGAACAAAGUAAAAGGGAAUAAGAAAUUACGGAUAAAAACGUUACGUUAAAAUGGAGCACGAGGAUAAUGCGCAUUUGGACAAUUUUCUGCAAAAUUCUCAACAUUUAAUGGAGAAUUUACAGAUGGAUAGUGGUGAUGGUGUGUGUGAUAAUGUUGCUGUAGAUGAGAUUGGGGGAAAAUUCGAGGUGCAUGAAGAGCAUGAUGAAGAGGAAUGGAAAUAUAUUAAAGAAGGGCAGCAGAGCGAAAAGCAACAGCAACAACAGCAGUUGAAAGCCAGUGUGGCUUGUAAAGACGUGGAAGACGUAGAGGAAGUUGGCAACGGGCAUGGAUAUGGAUACGAACAUGGUGAUGUCGGUGCCGAUAUACUCUUGCUAGACCAUCACGAAGUUGGUAACGGUGUCGUUGGCAUUUCAGUCGCAGUUGGCGCAGACGCUGACAAUGCCGCAACCGGCAUUGAAGAGAAUGAAGAAGUCGACGUAGAAGUAAUAAAAAAUGAUGGUGAUUUUUCAACAACUUCAAAUACUACCUCUACAACCGGUGAAGACGGCUAUGCAGAAACUGGUGUGUUGCAAGUGCAAAUGCAAAUUGAACAUAUACCACAAAAGCAAUUAAUACCAAAACAAGUUGAAGAUCUGUUGGAAGAAGGUACUAAUAUUGGAAGCAUGACGGAUGAGACCGAAGAGGACGAUCCUAGUUCGUUAGCAACCAAUAAUACUAAUCGAACAAAUAGCCUUAGUGAGAGUGCUCCACCACAAGAAUUACAGCAAAUACCAACAGAAGGCAAUAUUAUAAGAAGCGAUGAGGACAAAGAAAACAAAUUUCCAUCACUUACAAAUGUCCAUGGUAAUAUUCCUUUAGAGGAAAAUAUUGAUUAUGAAUCGGAAAUGCACUCUCAAUUAAAUCCGAAUGCAAUAGAAUUUGUUCCAAGCUUUGGUUCAAGCCCUACUUCUCCAACUAUCGGUAACAACGAUAAUAAAGUAUUUGUUGUUGAAGAAUAUGCUUCAAAUAGUGCUGAGGAAAUAAAACUACGAACACAACCAAACUCACUUGCACGACACCUACUGGGCGAUGAUGAUUUCGUUGCUCAGAGUCCACGCAAGGGAAGUGCAGAAUCCAACUUAGACGCCAUUGCUUUACCAGAAGAAAAUGAUUUUGAGCACGAAGCUGCAAAACGUCCGCAUGAAUUGGAGCAAGAAGACGAUUUGAUUGGUAUGGGUACGGUAGAGCACUCACAGCAAAAGCAAUUAAUUAAUGAACAUUUGGAAAGUCACAAUAAUUGUGGCGUGAAUAUGCUUGAAUUAGAAAGAAAUGCAAAUGAAUAUUGUUCAGAUAGGCUCAGUCAAUCGCCAUUAAACCUGAUCGAUCAUGGUCCCGAGACUUCUGUCGAUUUGGAUACGGACUUACAACCGCUUAAUGUUGAAAAACCCGACGAAAUACAUGAGAACCCUAAAGAAAAUGUUCAAAUUAUCGAAGAUGUAUUUAAUACGGUACAACCAUUACCAAUAGAUUUGAACAAUUCAUUUGUUGAAGAAUUAUCACAUCAAGGAUUUGCGGUUGAGGGGAAAGAGUUGCUUGAUGUAGAAGAAAAAGAAAAUAUAUCACAUUCGCCGUCUACGGAAGAAAUGCAAAUGAAUUUGCAAAAUGAAUUACAUUCCUCAGUGAAGGAUAUUCCACAAAUUCCUAUCGAUAUGGACAACGCUGCAAAUAUGCAAGAAUCGUUUUAUCUAGAAAGUACUUCCUCUGAGGCACGUCAUCAACAUUCGUCGGACAUCGAGUUUACGUCUGUUGAUGAACCGAAUUUGUAUACUGAUGAAAAUGAAAUCACCAGCGUAGAGGAACAGAAAACUGUCAUCGAUGAUCCUUCAUUUGAGAGUGUGCGAAGCUCGGCACCUGACACUUUUGUAUGUGAGCCAAGGACUGGUUUCGAUACUUCGCCUACGUCUUUAAAUAUAUUCGCCCCAGAGUUUACGCCUACACAGAAAUCAAUUGGUGCUGAUAUGAUAUCACCUUCUCCUGUAUCAACUGAAGAGAAACACCUAAUCGAAGAAACCAAAGAACAAGCAACUUUAAGUGAAACAACAGAAGAGCUUGAGCAGAAAAUGGAUGAUUUAAUAAUAUCUUCAAAUGAUGGAAUCCUCUCACAGGUAGAGGAGGUUGCACAGACAGCAGCUAACAUCGUUGAAAGUCUGAAUCCAUUUGCUGCUUCAGAACCCGAACAAGACGCAGCGGUUGUUGAACAAACACCAAUUGAAGCGGAUCAAGCAUUUUCAACAUUUUCAACCGAACUACAGCCAAAAGCUGACUUUUCGCAGCAAAACGAACAAAGCUACCACAACGAACAACAGGAGCAACAACACUCACAGGAGGAAACAGCAGAGUCCACAUUUGAACAUCACGAAAAUACUUUAUUAUUGACAAAGCCAGAAGAUGAACAACCACUAGUAGCGUCCCCUGUGAAAUUGGAGUCCGAAUUAAAUGGAUUUGAGGAGCACAUACCUGCUUCCAUAUUUGUGGAAAACUCAAAUGCUACUCCAGUCAACCCAGAGCCAGUAGAUUUAUCAAUAGAACCAGUACAUGAAGAGGCUCAUGUGGAACUGGUAGAGUCACCCAUUGCUGAGGCAGCACAUAAAGAGACUCAUGUGAAACUGGUAGAGUCAUUCGUUGUUGAGCCAGAGCCAGAACUGAAGGCUGUGCCAGAGCCGGAAGUUCAAUUAUUUUCUGAGCCAGAGCUUAUUACGCAGCCAGAGUCGGAGGUACAAGUGUUCCACUCGGAGCCUGUAAAUGUAUUAGAGGAGAACAGAAAUUUGGAUGCAAAUGUAUCGGCUGUGACUGAACCAAUUUUGGAAACUUCAGAUCAGCACUCUGUGCCUACCACUGUGGAGUUAGCUGCUAACGAAACUACACCGUCAGCUGUUGAAGAAACCGUGAUCGCUGCUGCUGCUGUAGGUGCUCUUGCAGCUACGGCUGCCGCUGUAAAAGUUGCUGCGGAUGCUCACAAAAAAACCGAGGUUAAACAGGCUCGUACUCCAACUUCGACGAAAAUAAAGGGUACCGAUGUUAAAAAGGCUGCAGAACCAAUUAAAAAACCGGUUGGUAAAACAUCUCUUUCAACAGUGUCUGCCGCUAGGCCUCGUACUGCUCCGGUUAAGGCGACUACCAUCGCUGAGAAAAAACCGGCUACAACCACAGCUUCAACUAAAUUGUCAGCUACUUCUUCUGCUCGCAAGCCGUUAACCUCUACCACUGCAACGUCUCGAACAGUUUCUAAGACAACAACUACAACACGCCCAACGACAGCACCGACUGCUGGUAAAUUGACUGCUUCACGUACCACUACCGCGACUACUGCACGUCGAUCUGCACCAACUACUACAGGGACAUUGACGACUGCGUCCAAUGGCACAACCACGGCUAAGCCCAAACCAACCAGCGGUGCACCUACUAAGCCAACAACUUUGGGUCUCUCGGGUACAACCAAACCGAAGUUGUCAUCGCCUCGCACCACUUUAACAUCGCAGCUACGCAAGGUGGCUCCAACUAGCACAAGUACUGGUGUAGCUGCAACUAAAAGUCCUCUUAAGACUACUGCACCAACUGCUAAUGGCGUAACUAAAAGUUUGACCACAACAACUGCUGCAAGUCGUGCUAAGAGUUCGACUUCUACCACUACCACUACAACAACUACAACUACUAAGACUUUUACUGCUCGCCCUGCCCCGAAGACUACGCAUUCAUCCACAUUAUCAUCGACUACGACACGCCGCACUGUAGGUAGUGUAUCGAUUAGUGCAACAUCUGCAAAAACCUCCAGCAGUACGUUGCAGAAAAAGACUCCACCGGGACCUACUAGACCAACAACAGCUGGCAAAUCCUCACUUUCGCCUACGAAAACGACAAGCUCACUUCUAAAAGCGAAAACCAAAGAUGUAACUAAGAAAGCAGUAACUCCAAUUAAAGCAUCAAAUCAAUUAAAAGAUAAGCCUACCGUAGGACAGACGAAAACAAAUGGUACUGCUGCUAUAGGAGCAGAAGAACCUACUGCUAUUCAACCGGAGCAGACAGCCCAUUUGAACGGUAAAGGUGAUGGUGACACUCUUCAACUGAUAGAGAAUGGUAUUCAUAAACUUGAGUUAGAGAAUGGUGGAGAUCCUCUAUUAGAGCAGCAUAUACAGGCAUCUCUGAUUGAUGCUUAAAGGACAGGAACAGAAAGAAGACUUUGUAUUUUUAAAGUGCUGUAAGGAAAAUGAAGAAAUGUUAGAUCAAAGUAAGCGAUCGUCGUCAUUUAAUAAUAUUUAUUUUUGUGAGGGAACUUACCUUUGGACGAAUAGACAUUAUGCACAAGGUAUUAAGAUCGAAUCAGUAAGGAGUGAGGAAUGGUAGGUAAAAGCAGCUGCGCAUAAUUUUUAUAAUUUUAUUGCUAGGCAGAUUGCUAAAUCAAAACAAAUAAAAACAGAAGAGUAUUUUGGCGGAGGGAAAUAUUAUUUUAAACGAACUUUGAUAAGAAAGAUGCGAUUGAAAGAGAGAUAGUAGAAAUUCAAAUAUUAAACGAACAAUUCUCGAUAGUGGAAUACGGAUGUGACUAGAAAGAAAGUGUAAUGAAAAUGACAAUUAGUAUGCAAAACGAACAAAUAAUUGCAUAUUUUCAAUUUAAACUAAAAUACAUACACAGUAGUCAUUGGUGUUCGCUUAAUUGCGAUAGACUCUGUAUAAAUAUAAAAGUGCACACCCAAAUAUGUACGUUUUUGAUACACUCGCUUGCAAAUAAUCUUCGUGAAGUUGCAUGGUUCUGUAAAGUGUUACCUUUUUAAAAAAGGGAACACAAUUUUUUAUAUGUAUUUGUUUUCUUGUUUUGAAAAGUUUAGUGUCUAAUGUUUUCAAAUAAUUUUUUCGCUCUUUUAUAAUCGUACUAGUUUUCUAUAGCGCAUUAUGCUAUUAUAUUUGUCAUUUACGCUGAUUUGUUUACUCCUUUUAUUGCAUACACAUAUUUAAAGACAAAAAUAUUUAUUGUUUCAGUUAUUUUUUUAUACUCAUUAUCAUCCAUGGAUUGAUGUUGGAAUGCUCAUCGUUAAUUAUUAUGUUUUCCUAUUUAUCAUAGUAAUUUUUUACUUUUGUCAUUUAUCGUUUAUUUAAAUAGUUGAUUUUGUGCUGGUGAAUGUAUGGGAAAGACGAAAAACGAAAUAAAAAUCAUAAAAUUUAUAAAAAAAGCUAAAGAAAAAAAUUUCUUAUUACCACUUUGUGAGCCAGUAGUUUUUGGCCUAACAACGACAACUAAUAUUCCCCAAAAAAAAAAAAAACUUAAGAAAUAUUAAAUGCAAAAUAUAAGCAUAACAAAAAAAUAAAUAAAAACAUAAUAUUAAAAAAAAGUAUGCGCGGAAUCCGUCAUAAGUAAAAAUAUAUGAAGUGGAAUUAUCUUUUUAUACACAUACAUACAUAUGUAUAUGAAUAUCUAUUAAAUAUUAGAUGAGAUGCGAAAAGAUCUUUUAAUCUUUAAUCAUUAACGAUCGAAUUGUGCAUUUUUGAUAUAUAUUUUUGUACUUCAUUAUUCUGUUCCUGUUUACAAUAUGUGAGUAAAUGUAUAACACAAGAAAACGAAACAGUAUACUUAAUUAUAAACACAAAGAAAAAACAAGUGAAUAUUAUUUAUGAAACAAAUUGUGGACUUGCUGUGCUCCUACCCAGUGUAUUAUUAAUAUUAUUUUUGUAAUUUUCUUCCGAAAUUCCCAAUUUUGAUUUGUGCUCCUUUGUAUUAUUUCCUUUAAUUUGUUUAAAUUAAAAAAGAAAUUCUCAACUUAUAAGUCUGUCGAAACACACACAUAUAUAUAUAUAUAUAUAUAUUUUAUUAUAUUAUUCUCAAAACUACGAUAAUUUUUACGAUAAACUUGUACGCAAAACAAAAAAAAAACGAUUAAAAAGCUACAAAAAAAGAAUAAAAAUUAAUGUUUGUCUUUUAUUUUAAUUUUAAAUUUCAUUUAUAUUAUUAUUUGUAUAAUUUAGUUAGUAAUUACAUUAUUUUCUGCCACAUCAAAUCUUCCUACUGCACUUAUUUUAUACAUACGCACUAGCUCGUUCAUAAAUCAAACUCCUCACGCCUGCAAUGGCGAGGAUCAAGCCAAAUAUUUGAGUGUUUAUAUACUUACAUUUCGUCUUUUUGAAGUUUUUUAAAUUAAAUAUUGUGUUCCAAUUGUAUUUUAGUAUCUAAGACUUAAACGUAAACCGUUUUUAAUCAACUCACAACUCGAAUUUAUUCACAUUGCCUGCUCUCACAUUUAUUGUAGUACAUGUGCGCGUAUAUAAGCACUUCAAUUUAUUGUAGGUAUGUAUGGUGCCACUUAAAAAAAUAAAACAAGUAGUGCACAAAAUACAAAUAUAUCUAUUAUAUACUAAGCCUUAAUAGCUCUUUGUGAAAUAAAAUAUUUUCCAUAAUUUUGCUUGCUUUAACAGUAGUGCCCUUUACAUCUAAUUUGCCUUAUUGUUAAUUGAAUUGAAUGCAAGUGAUAAUGAUCGAAAAGUUGCUGUUUUGCAAUGCACUUGAGGGGUGGGGAACAAAUAGCUUGAUAUUGCUGUUUUUUUUAGCUUAAAUCCGAAUAUAAUGUGUUGUGUUGUGUGGGUAGAUAUGACGUUUUAAAGAAAUAUUUUAAAUAAGGAGACUGACUACAGUAACAUACGCGCGGUAGCUUCGUUUACACAAAAUUUUUAGGCUCUAACUCCUCGUUUUUUCGAAUUAGUUAGCUUCCAUAUUGCAUUAAAGUGUACUUCCAGUUGGUAAUAUCAAAUUUAGAAAAAAAAGGAUUUUUACAAUUCCAGUGUGUGCAUUUUUGUCUGAUUUUGAUAGAUUAGUGUUGCGUUGUUUUGUUAAAAGCGUGCUUUUAAGUAUUGGAUCCAGUUGUUUUCCAUUUUUGGCAAACGCAAAAACAAAACACGUUCACAUUAAACCAUUUCUUUUAAUCCAAGUUAACAAGUCAAUGGAAUUUUCAAUACUUUUAUUAUAUGCAUAAGUGUAAGAUUUUUUUAAAUUAUGCCAAACGGCUGCCUAUAGUUCAAAUUCCAUUGAAUAUUUCUAUUUAAGCAACUCCAAAUUUGUUUUUUUUUGGCAAAUUGCAAAUAUCAAUCAUAUAGGUCUCAAAUUAAACUACCGAAACUUUUUUAACACGAUAAAGACCUCCAGUAUUAAUUUCCAUUGUAAUUUGCACACAGUGACACCUGGGGUUUAUAUUUAACAUGUGUAUGAAUAUACAUAUCUUAUACAAUUACACAACAUUAGAAAGCUGAUUUGCAGAAUUAUUUGAACUGUUCAUUGGGUACAUUUAAGCGAACAUUGCAAAAGAACUUGACCUUUUUAACAAAUAUUUUUAAUUUACAGUUCUUACAAUAGAAUUUAUUAUGAACUUGAAAAUUUAAAUGUAACUUUUAUAUUUACAUACGUACGUAUAUCUAGAGCAUAUUAUACAAUUAUACACACUUAAAUUAAAAAAAAAAAAUUAUUAUAGAAAGUAAUGCUAUGAAUAUCUUUUAAAACAAAAUAAUUACCCUUAAAAAUGGGACAUUUAUCAAUUAAUACAUAUAAAAUGUGAGUAGAAUUAUUAAUUGCAUAUUGCCAUCUAAAAAUCCCUAUAUCAGACAUAGAAAAUAUUACAACUGAUUUGUUUGAAGAAAAAUCUGCAAAAUCAGAGAGAUCGCCAAAUACCAUAGCAAGGUAAAAAAUACAUGAUUACAUAUUGAACUACAUGUUUACAAGUGCAUGCAAACAUAAAUUUUUACUUACAUACAUACAAACAUACUAGUUGCAUAGUAAAGCAUAGAAAUACGAAUGGACUUAAACAACAUAUGAUGGAUCAUAACAACAGAACUAAGAAUUAAAUGAAACUUAUCGAAGCACGGAACCCAGCGGAAUUAUAUUGGGUAUAUAUUAUAUAUACAUACAUACAUAUGUUUAAUUAAUUACCAGUAAAGAACAACAAAUGCCCGUAGUGGUACAAGAUAGACAUGACAGCAAAUACAUUCUUAUGUGUGCAUGUAACUAACAGUAACCACUAACUUCAGUGGCCGAUAUUAGAAAUACAAUAAAUGUUAAAAAUUCAAAAUUA